CAUUUACAACAACGAUCUGGCCAAGAGGCAGCAGCAACAGACACAUAAUUAGCUUUACAUCAAAGAAAAACAGAUGAGAUAAAGACAAGCAAGAUUAAAAUAAAAAUAAAGUAAAUAACAAUAAUUAUUAAAACAGGUGUACAAUUAAUUUGUCUUUACUUUAAGUAAUUGUUUGGGGACCUACAGUAUGUGUGUUUCUUAGUCCCAUUCUGAACACACAGGUGUGUUUUAUUCUGCUCCAGCAGGUGGCGGUAGUGCACCUUUACGCUGGUCACCGACCACCGGAAAAAGCAGAAACCGGAAGCUGCUAGCAGAGCUAGCUUGUUGUUGUUCUGGUGUGUGAGGAGAAUAUUUGAGGCUCUGCAGUAAAAAUGUCUUCACUUCAGUCUCUGGGAGAGUUGAUCAGCUAAAGCGACUAACUGCUGCUGCUGCAGAAAUCUUCUCACCAGGCUGUGGAAACUUUCUUCUCCUCCUCAACAACUUGGUGGAGUUCUUUCCAGAACCAGAGAAGAUAUUCUGCGGUCUUCGUGACAAUCGGAGCUCCAGAAUCAGGUUGUGGCUGUUAGCUAAACACGGCUAAAGAAAACCUGCUACCACUUCAGGAUCAUCCAUCAGCUGGGACUGAUUCAUCGUGUGUUCUUCACCACCUGGACCUGGACAGCAUGGACACAGGUGGGAAACAUCUGUAAAAGCCAGAUCUGGUGCAGGAAAAUAGCUGAACAGGGAGUGGGGACACACUUUGCCUUCUGCGGUUGUGUUCAACAGAUGGUACAGGUUAAAGAAGAUCCUGAAGAACAAAGUGCUGGUGUGUACCAGCAGGACCCAGAACAUCUCCACAUAAAGGAGGAAAAGGAGGAACUCUGGACCAGUCUUAAGGGAGAGCAUCUCUGUUUGAAGGAGGAGACUGAUUCUGCCUGGUUUCAAUUCAGUGCUGUUUCUAUAAAGAGUGAGGAUGAUGAAGAGAAACCUCUGGUCUCACAGCUUCAUCAGCAGCAAAUAGAAGACAGAGAUGUUCCAACCAGCAGCUCAGCUGACCAGAUGGCAGCAGAAACUGGUGGAGGAGCAGGAACUAGCAGGAACCCAGAUUUGAACCCUCAUGAACAAACAUCUGAUUCUUCAGAGACUGAAGUUAGUGGAGAUGAUGAUGAUGAUGAUGAUGAUGAUGAUGAUGGUGUGAAUCUAGACUCUGGGAUGUCAGACUCUGGGUCUGAAACUGGAGACGAAGACCAUGACUGGAAUGAGAAAAGGUCUUCUGAGUCAGAUGUUAAGACUGUCAACAUAUCCCUUAGCUGUCUUGAGUGCGGUGAACGAUUUCAUGACAAGCAGUCUCUCCAGAAACACGUGAGAGUAACCAGUCAUUCAGCAAUCAGGUCUUCCAGCUCUUUGGUUAAUAAAAAAUCUGUUGGACUUAAGCAACCUGUAGACUCAUAUAGGGAAGUCCAGAAAGAACUAAAAUCAUUUAGUUGUGGUGACUGUGGAAAAAUAUUAAGAGGAAAAUCAAGUUUUAACAGACACCAGAGAGUCCACACAGGACAGAAACCUUUUGCCUGUGGGCUCUGUAGAAAAAGAUUUACCCAAAAGUCACACUUAAACACUCACAUGAGAAUCCACACAGAAGAAAAACAGCUUGCUUGCGAGCUCUGUGGAAAUCGAUUUACCCAUAAGUCAACAUUAAACGAUCACAUGAGAGUCCACACAGGACAUAAACCUUUUGCCUGUGAGCUCUGUAGAAAAAGAUUUACCCAAAAGUCAGGUUUAAACAGUCACAUGAGAAUCCACACAGAAGAAAAACAGUUUGCUUGCGAGCUCUGUGAAAAUCGAUUUACCCAUAAGUCAACAUUAAACGAUCACAUGAGAGUCCACACAGGACAGAAACCUUUUGUCUGUGAGCUCUGUGGAAAAAGAUUUAAACAUAAGUCAACUUUAAACAGUCACAUGAGAGUCCACGCAGGACAGAAACCUUUUUUCUGUGAGCUCUGUGGACAAAGAUUUACCCAAAGGACAACUUUAAACAAUCACAUGAGAAUCCACACAGGACAUAAACCUUUUGCCUGUGGGCUCUGUGGAAAAAGAUUUACCCAAAAGUCAGGUUCAAACAGUCACAUGAGAAUCCACACAGAAGAAAAACUAAGCCUUUUGCCUGUGGACAAAGAUUUACUGAAAAGUCAACUUUAAACAAUCACAUGAGAAUCCACACAGAAGAAAAACAGUUUGCUUGCGAGCUCUGUGGAAAAAAAUUUACACAUAAGUCAACUUUAAACAGUCACAUGAGAGUUCACACAGGACAGAAACCUUUUGUCUGUGAGCUCUGUGGAAAAAUAUUUACCCGUAAGUCAACUUUACAAGCACAUGAGAGUCCACACAGGAUCGAAACGUUUUAUGAGCUCUGUGGACAACGGUAUGUACUUUCCCUGGCUAUAGGGGGCAGUACAAACCUAACUGAUUACAAGCAAGCAGCAUUUUUGUGUUCGAGUAAGACUUUACCAAUGUAAAUUGAAGGCUAUUAGGGUCAAAAACCUCUGCACUUGUCAAACAUGUACUUCGUCAGAUCUCUGCUGCGGGGGUGGGGGUUGGGUGUUUAUGCUCCUGACUGACCCAUGUUCAGUUGUGUCAAGUAUUUUAGACUUCUAUGUUUUUACACUGCUUUUAACUCAUUCACUGCCAGCUGUUUCCUGGUCAGAAAAGCCCUUUGCUGCCAGCGUUUUUCAGCAUUUUCACUGUAUUUUAAGAGUCACAGAGCGUUGCGUGCUAGGAUGAUGCAAACGCCAAAAAUAGCAAAACAAAGAGUAGACUCACCUCUAAAAUCUGGGAGAAUCCGCGUGUUUCAAGCGUUAUCCGUUUUUUAAUAAUCCAUUGUUGAGUUGUGAUCGGCAGAAGCUUUUCCAGUUUGAGCCUAACUUUUUUUACAGCGACGGCCCAAAACGAUCUGCUAACACAUGGAUUUUCUUCUUCCUGAUCACAUGAUGUGUGACGUAUGCAGAUGAAGAUCGGCUUUAGAGCUGGGAUGUUUGUUCUUACAGUGCGGAGGCUCAUUCCGACGCCCACACAGUAAAACAGUUGGUAGUUAAUGAGUCAAGUGUUAUGGGGGUAGGGUUAGGGUCAGGGUUGAGGGGGUUACAGACAGAGUGACUUCUUACUAGGCUUCCAGCAAUAAAAUGUGGUUUAAUAUAACAUUUAGUUGACUUAAAGGUGCACCUAAAAGCACAACUUCUCUUCUUUUGAUAAAAGCAAUGUUUGGGAUCCUUAGCACAAAAAUGUCUUUUAGAAAAGGUGUAUCUAAAAUUAUAUAAUAUUUUAUAAGUCUCUUUUUUUAUAUACACAGAUUCCAUCCUUUGCUUCAGUUUUCACCAAACACAAUAAAAUAUAGACCCAUUGCAUAUUAUUGUUUACAUCCAGGUAACUGAGCACAUCCACACUAGCUGUAGAGCUAGAACCCCGUCUCCAGCCGUUACCCAGAGCUGUAUCUCCAUGAUUUAAGUUAACAAAAUAAAACCUAGGCAUUUAGAUAUGACUACUUUAGAUUAUUUAACACAUCUGGGUGUAGAUGAACAAAAAAAUAAACAUCUCUAAGCUAAUGAUGUUUAGCACAAAACUUCCAGAUGAGUUUGAAAUAGCUAGCUCGACGACAGUCCUCAGAACUCUGUCUGGAGUUCUCACCGCUGAACCGAAGGAGUGUAAGGAGCAUAAUUAUGUACCGUAAAUCCUCUAAUACAGGCCUGUAUUCAAUUAAUGGCCGGGUCUCAUAUUUUGGCCGGUGUCGGCGGAGGUGAAUAAUGGCCGGUCUCUUAUUGUAGCUGGGUGGAAUGUGGUAACAAGCAAGUACGGGGGGUGGUUGUGUCAUCGUCUCACUUUUGAUUUGCCAGUGAUAGACCGCGAGGGUAACUUUAACCGUGCGGAGACGAAGAGGAGGCGAAAAUUUGAUAUCAAGUUCAAAGAAAACGUGCUGAUUUUGCUGCAAAACACUCUGGGGAGCAGUAGGGGUUGUAUGAACUAGUCGACUUCACUAUAGGGACUUUUUAUGCCUGUCAUCGACUAGUCGCUGUCACGUGAUAAUGACCGGCAAGAUGCAGCCCUCGGAAAAGACAGCAGCCUGCUGUCAGCAGGUGACAAGCUCCUGCGCUCGGGGGGGGGGCAACGCGCUUUGCCAGAGCGUCGGUACUGACACGCGAUCGUUCAUGUCGGUUCAUUUCCUUUAAUGUUUUCUGUCUUUUAUUUGCGCCUGAUGUGUUUCGCUGCAUGCUGUGGAGCGGGGCGCAUCACCUUGUCAUCCGGUGACGCAUUGAUCACUGAUGCGGCCGGCAAGCAGCGAGCGCUCCGCUGUUUUUGCGGUCGGUAGGUCUUUUAGAACUGCAGUUCAAAGGUAACUCAUAAGGUGAAUAUAUAUGAACCCAGGUAGCAGUUUUUCUUUAGGAUUGAGAGGAGAUGCAGGAAGAUAAUAAACAGGCAGGACAGAAAAAUAGUCAAAUAAAAACAAGUUAGUUUUUGUACCUGGUGGUUGCAACAAACAGACACCAUUGAAGGUAAUCAGAAGUGAGGAACAUAAAAUGAAAUAAUUAUUUUAAUGUUUAGAGCAGCAGGAACUCCGAGAGGCUACAGGCGCAUCAGUGAGAUUGCGGCCGCUGCGCAGGGGGAGGGGGGAGAUGGCUGAAGCAAAAACUACCGUUGUUAAAAGAAAUGUGUUUAACUUUGAAAAUGUGGGCGCAGUUUUAAUUGUCAAAAACUCCAACGAACCAUUAGUUCAUUUUGCUCAAAUAGAAAUAGAGGCCUGCCUCUAAUUCUGGCCCUCCUUUCUAUAGAGCUCCGGACCCCACGUGACUCUCAGUUAGUGGACGCCAUUUUGGCAUGCAAAAAAGGUAAACAAACACGGAUGUAACCAUGAACAUGAACGGGAUCCGCUUGGAUUUUACUUCGUCGGAGUUUACUUCACACUUUAAAACAGAAGAAAUCAUUUUAUAUAGUCAGAAAUUAAAUAGACUGAACAUCUCCGACCCGUACCGUGCCCCUGGGAUACUUUUUAAAAAUGCCAGAAGCUGUCGGAGCGGACUUCUUACCGGCACAACACCGGACCUGGCCGGGGAACCCCUUGGGAUUUACCCGGAGGAGCUGGCUCCGGCGGCUGGGGAGAGGGAAGUCACGCUACUGCCCCCGCAACCCGACUCCGGAUACGCGGAUGAAAAUGGAUGGAUGGACGGACAAAUAACAGAUUUACACGUAAGUAGUCUCGGUGACACAGAUAAUAGCAAUCCAAAGUGCUUUUUAUGUGUGAUCUGACAAUUGAUCAACCAUUGCUUAAAAAUUAAAUACAGCUUAGCCGGUUAAUUGCUGUGAUCAUAAAACACGUAAACGGCAGCACGCAGAACUCACGAGGCAACGUUUUACGUGAUGUUUACUUGUUGUUAUGAGUAAUAAGACAGAAAAAUCCACGCCAAAAUAAGUUUAGGAAGCCCACUAAGAAUCAUAAUAAAAGCAUUUAAAAUAAAUACCAUACACAGCUGAGGAAACGUUGGUUUAAGUACCUGAUAUGAAGUGGUCGCUGCGUAAGUGAAAACCUUUACUCUCGGGAUCCCACAGCUUCAUUUCAGCCCGGUCACUAAUGCGUUUUAUUACAAUGAUCCAACGUUUGCGGCGCUCCGGAUCUUGGGGAAUCCUGUAGAUGGCUCAUUCCUUAUGUCGUCCGCGUCUGUUCUGCAUCCUGGGGCACAACAGGAAUCUACCAUAUUUCCCGUUUGAUUGAGUUUUCUGACAAUAACAAAGAGUCCAGCUGCCGGCUUCUACCUGCUAAUAUGGCACCGUUUCGAUUUGAACUGUUGCAUGCCGGGAGAAGUGACGUCAACUCCCGGAGCUCUAUAAGGGCCUGGAGCUUGGUGAGCUUGAGUCAAAUGCAGGCCCGGGCCUGUAUUAGAGGAUUUACGGUAAUAAAAGUCCUUAGAUGGCAGCUAUAAUUUGUUUGUUUCUGGAAAUGUGAGGCAGAUAUUUUUACAUGUAGUCCUCAGUGUUUUAUAUCUAAUUCUAUUGUUCAUUUUUGUUUUGUCCUUUAUUGCUGUAAAGCAUACUGAGUUGCCUUUGUUUGGCAAAUGUGCUAUAUAAAUAAAGCUGUCUUGUCUAGUCAAGUCUCGUUUUUUCACAGAUUCCAUCCUAAGCUUCAAUCCUAACCAAGAUGAUAAAAUAUGUAAGUUUUUAAGAUUUAAGUCACCAGGUUUGGUUACAAAGAUCUACAACAAAAAAGAAAAAACGUUAAAAUUUAACUCACGUUUUGUAAGUUAUGUCCAGAGAACUUGUUUUCAGGGUGAAUUGUCGGGACUUCAGAAAGUGCCGAAUCCUAAGCUUCUGUCUUAACAAAGAUAAGAAAA